AUUGGCUGGGCCCUCGACACCGGAGGUUGUGUGAGUGUAAUUGCCGUCUUGUCCUUCACACAUUCUGCUGUGUGUAGAAGGACAGAGAGGCAUUCCUCACACUGCCAAGGGUCACAGUGGCAAGGAAGCGUAGAUUGUGAAGGCACACCUGAUCAGGGGACCAGUUAGAACACUGAAAAGUACUUUUGUAAGAGCAUGAUUCAGAUAUGGACGUGGAAUGAUAAACAAUGGAUUUGAACCCGGUUUUCCUGACAGAAGGCUGUGUUAACACCAGUCACCAUUCCCAUGCCACGUGUCACAAGUGAUUUAUUCUGCACACACGCACGUGCGCACAUAGGUACAAGCAUGCCUGAGGAGAGAGGGGGGUAGUAGUCUGGUGUACCCGGGCCCGCGGCUGUGAAGGGGGCCCGGUCUUGUGCUUCGAAGAUGAAACGCCAGCAAGACAGAGAUGGCUCCCCAAGGAGCAAAAGAUCACGAUCUUCUUAUGGUCUUCCUGACCAUGAGUUGGUCAGAGACAGACUGAGUCCAGACUUCGAUCGCAGAGGCAGUCGUAAGUUCAUGGGGAGGGAGGGGAAAGCUUUCAGAGAUUACGAUGACAUGGAUUCCCCUCGUAAAAGUUUUCGUGAUGAUAGAAUACAAGAGCAAGGGAUUCCCCCACAUAUGCGUAGUGGAGGAAGUGGUGGUGAUAAUGAAUACAGAUCUUUGUGCAUCACGAAUAUUCCUAGCAAAGUGACAGAUGCUAUGUUGAAAGAGACGCUUCUUAACGAAUAUUGGAAGUUUGGUGAAAUGAACGUGAAAGUGACGUUCUCUGGUGAUCAGAGAGUAGCAUAUCUAAAUUUUAGGUAUCCCGAAGAUGCUAGAACAGCAAAGCAUAAAGGCAGACUUGAUUUAUUUGAUAGGCCAAUUCGCAUAGACCCUGUCUACAAUAAAAGACGGAGUGGCAGUCCAAACGACUUCAACAAUAGAGACCACUUUUACUUUCAUAAUCGUCGUAAUUCACCACCACCACCGCAUCCUCCUCCACCGCACCCAAGUAUGAGUAGUCGAAUACCCAGUGGAGGUGGAAGACAUGGUCCUCCAGUAGGAAGGGGCCCACCAAAUUUUCCACCAGAAAGACCCAUGAUGUACAGCAGUCCUCCUGUUCAUGAACAUGAGAGAGGAUCUCGAAACGAAAAGUUUCCUUUCCACCUGGACCAUAUUGAUCCAGAAUUUGAUGACAAAGCAACUCGUACAUUGUUUGUGGGUAAUCUUGAUGUGAAUAUCACUGAGGUAGAUUUAAGACAAAUGUUUGAGAAGUUUGGUAUUGUUGAAGAUAUAGAUAUCAAGCGCCCACAGAAGGGACAAGGAAAUGCAUAUGCUUUUAUAAAGUUUAUUAACUUGGACUGUGCACAUAGAGCAAAAGUUGAGAUGUCUGGCAAAUACAUUGGAAAAUUCCAAUGUAAAAUUGGUUAUGGGAAAGUGACACCUACAACGUGCUUGUGGAUUGGUGGGAUAGGGCCAUGGGUUUCUAGAGAAAUUUUGGAACAAGAGUUUGAUAGAUUUGGUGCCAUUCAGAUAAUUACCUGGCCACCAGGAAAGUGUUAUGCUUAUUUGUUGUAUGACAGUAUUGAUGCUGCAAAAGCAGCAUGCCAAGAAAUGAGAGGUUACCCUCUUGGUGGUCCAGAUCGUAGACUACGUGUUGACUUUGCUGAUGUGUCUCAUAUCAACAAUCCUCCUCAUCCAGCGCCACCAAAUCACAGAGGAUAUGGUGGCCCAGAUGCUAGUGGUGAUAGAGGCAGCCCUUGGAGAAGUCCCAAUGGUAGUGGACAGAUAGACAGAGGACGAAGUCGCCGUGAUGAUUGGUAUGGAGAUGGGGAACCACCAGAAUACAGACAUAAUCAGCGUUUGUCAGACCAUGCUCAUGAUGCAGAGGGUCGACGAGGUGGACGUGAUGAUUGGGGUGACUAUCCAGAAGACAGUGUAGAUCGCAGACGGCGACCUCGUUCUCCAGGUGAAUAUAGUGGUGGGCCUGCUUACCAGCGUCGAAGUCGGUCAGCAGACAGACGUGAUUUUCAGCAUGACCGUGGUGUAGCUAGAGAUGCUGAAGUCAGAAAUACAAGCAAAGCAAGGUCAGAAAUUGGUGAGCGAGAUACUGUGAGACGGGAAGAUAAAGUGGAUCGAUCAGCCAGUGAAGCAGGAGAGGAAGGAGCAACAGAGCACAUACGGAGUUUGAACGAUCUUGCCAAAAAUUAUCCUGUGGCCUGGAAUGGAGCUCUUAUUUUGAAAAAUAGUGCAUUUGCAGCACGAAUGCAUGUGGUAAGUGGUGAUGUGACAAUUGUGGAUACAUUAAUGAGAGAUCCCACCAGCACGGAGCCACCUGUGCUGCGCAUAACCCAAAGGCUCCGUUUAGACCAGCCUAAACUCGAUGACGUUGGCCGGCGUAUUUCAACAGCAGGUCCACAUGGCCACUGCAUUCUCCUGGCAAUGCCCUCUACUGUUCAGAACUAUGAUGAACAGAUGGGAAUUGCACAGCAGCGACCCCUGAAAAACUUAGUUUCCUAUCUGAAGCAAAAAGAAGCUGCAGGUGUCAUAUCCCUUCCACCAAACCCUUCCUCAGACAAAAAUGUUGGUGUGCUACAUGCGUUCCCACCUUGCCAGUUUGGUUAUGAUUUCCUUCUUCAGCGGUCACCAAAACUUCCCCCAGAUUUUACAAGCAUUAAAGAUGAGUACCUGGUGGUGGUGGUUGUAAUUGGUGCCAACUGAUCUCCGCAAAUUUUAUGCUACAACUACAUCCAGUCAUGAGGCAUGAUCAACAGUCUUUAUUGCUAGUUAGGUUCUAGCGUGACACACUGUAGUUGCCUUGAAUUACUGUUUGCUUUAAUAUGCUCAUGCACUGAUCAUAUCUUCUGUUAAAACCGUAAACAUUCAUAAAUAUAUCUGUGUGUGUGCUUUGUACGAACUUUUCAUUAUAAACUUAAAAAACUGUCAGAAGCUUGUUCAUAAAUUUUUUGGAAUAGUAAAAAGAAAACGAUAUGGUCAGUUGUUUUGGCAACUCCAGUUCUGAAAUCAAAUUUUUGUUUGUGGUUAACACUGAGAAUGAAAAACCACUGAAAGUAGAAAAUGAAAUCUUACAUUUUAUUUAUCAGGUGAAAAGAGCAAACUUAUUUUAAGAAAAUGUAUGCAGUUUUUUAAAAACCUAAUACUAAACAGCUGUAGUUCCUGGUUUCUUUCUAUAAGCUUUACAUCUAUGCCUGUACAUGUGAGUGGUGCACAUCAUGGUUAUUGUGGAAGUGGAAAUAUGCAAACUGUCAUCAUGCUACUAAUGUCUUAUUAUAAAAUAUGAAGCUUGGGACUGAUAUUUCUUUUGGCAAAUAUUGAUUGUACAUCAGUAGUUACUUGGCUAUAUAUAUAUUGCAUGCGUGCAAUGAGCUGAUAAGAAAAAAGAAUUUCUAGAAAAAGAUUUAUUGGACAAUAAUGCCACUUCAUUAAUUGGACUAUUUCAGGUAUGGACCAGUCAAGGGAAUUUUGUAAUUAAUCCAUCUCAGUUUUUACCUUUUUCUAUGAACAUCAUAUAUGUGGCUAAGGAUGACACAGAACAUGCAAUCAUUGUGUAUGUUCUUGAACAAAGUUGUAAUUUCAGCUGAAUUAUUGUGGAUGUUGUAUUCUUGUUAAGGAAAUGUGAAAAUGGUUGAACAAUGCUGUAUUAUACUAAAUGAAUAGUUUGUAUUUACCAUAUCUGUUUUUUAAAAUAGAAAUUGGCAUUCAUUAUUUUAGCUUCUGUUACAGCAGUCUCGUCUUUAUAUGCUAAAAUUGCAGCAAAAUAUGUUUCAAGUUUAAUUCAAACACCUGAAACAAUGUAUUGUUUUAUAUUCUUUUUUUGUAUGUACAACUUAAGUAGUGUCUUUGAACUGAAGAAAAGGAAGCAUAAUUUUUAGGACUUUGAUCUUCUGUGGCCAUGCACUUCUGGUUGUGGGGAAUUUUGACAUUUAUUUAUAGUACAUACUUUGUGUAUAAGCUCUGUUGGGUUGUCUACAAAGCAUAUGCUAUUUGAGUUGAAAAUUCAAGGCUGACAGAUUAGGUUUUAACAAAAGCCUUUUGCCAUUUUUCACAUGGCAAGGAGGAUCUUUCCUCUUAAAACUUCUUGGGCUGUUUUGUAAGAACUGCUCAAGGGAAUCUUUUCAUUGUUGUAGUACAAUAUGUUCAGACAGUCAAACAAUUUUUGUAAAUAAGUUCAUAUUUCCAAAGUGCAAAACUGUAUCAACAUGAGAAUUUUGGAACUAGGUUUAAAUAUUGACAAGUGUUGUGACGUGUCAGAACAUUCACUUUUUGCAGUUAGUAUAGUUAGGGAAAAUCCUGUGAACUGUCAAGAGGUCUAAAAACAUUACAGCAAGAUCUGAAAGAUCAGUUUAGUUUUUAAAAAACAAAAACUACAAGAAGAAUCCAUAGAAAUGAAAAUGGAUGAGAUUGCUGGCGUCAUGCCUAAUAUCCCAGCAUUAUUGGGCUUUUUUUUUUCAUUUUGGGUGGGUGUGGGCUGGAUCUUUCAUAAGCCAUUAAUUCCUUUGUAGGUGGAUGAAUGCAGGCUAUGGGAUUGUCUGUUCUGAUAUAAAUACUUUAACAUUCUUAACGUCCACUGCAUUACAUUCAUUGAAUUUUAACAUUGCAUCUAAAUGGUCCUGUUCUUUGUAACUGAGCUGUGGUAUUUUCAGGGAUAAAAGCAAAUGUAUAAUUUCACUUCGAUAGCAAAUAACUUCAGUACAUGGUGGACUAAAGCAAGUUAACUAUUUAAAUUUUUUUAAAUGUAUUAUCAGAUAUCAGUUUUAUGUUCCUGCCACUUCUCUUUCAGAGACCAGUAUAAAUAGUAUGUGAAAGAGAUGUUCCCCUGCCUUAAGUCCUCUCCUGUGACAUUUAUAAAUGUCAGGAUGCAUCAUGUUCAAAGAGAUGCUUCUCCGAUUUGUACAUUUUUUCCUUUUACCUUUAUUUUUUGGGUGGCUUCAGUAAACUUGUAUGUGGGAAGUUUAUUUUUUUGUGUAUGCAGUCAACAUUUUUGUUAAAAUUUGGAUAAAUUACAAGACAGCAUUAGCUCUAGGUGGCUCUGUCAGCCAAAAACAAAAAGAGAAAUAGUAAAAAGCUAGCAUCAACAAUGCCUGUCUUUCUCACUGCCUGUGUCUCCAACAAAUGUUUUUUGAAAAUUUUAAUGCUUUUUUUUAAUGUGGUUAUUUUUUUUUUGUAUUUGCAAAGUAGUACAGUGGCAGCAAGCAUGUAUGGCCAUUUAUAGUUUGUCUUGAAAACUUUUUAUUGUUAGUAUUAAUUUCCUUUGGCCAUUAUAAGACAGUUCCCCCCACACCCCUCCGAAAUGCCUCAGUCUCAAAACAUACCGCAGUUUGACAUCAGGCCAAAAGCAGAAAAUCCAAGCAUUCAAAUGGUCAGUACCUGCUUUUAAUAAAAUAUUUAGUUUAGGUGAGCAGAUGUAUGAAAUUAUUUUUGCCAGUGUUUCUUUUAAACAAUACAAAGUUAAUACAUGCCACAUGCCUAACAUUGGGUAUGCUAGCAUGUAAGUGUGUUUCUAUAUUUUAAAAAAAAGUAGGAUAUGGCUUUGUUUUUUUGCUUCUUUGCUUUAUGCUGUGUUGAAAUCAUUUUUCAGUAGUUUAUCAUACUAGCUAGAACAUGCAGAGUGCACAAACUAUUUGUUCUUCUGAGACUUUAAAUGUGGUUGCCUGUGUGCUACACCAUAUCAACCACCUAGACAUCAGUAUUGUCAUCUUUUGCGCCUUAGCACAUUGACUGUAGUCAUCUGGUGCUCAUGCAAGUUUUCACUAGGUUCUGCACAGCAAGAUCCAGAAAGUAUUACAAGUACUUCAUCUUGAAUCUUGAAUUUUCAACUGAAGCUUUUCCAGGAGCUUUUUAUAAGAAGAACAGUGAUUCAUGGCAAGUCACCAGCUUUGUGCCAAGUGACACCACAUCGAGCUGUACCCCUUUUGGAGGCAUCAGUACCAUCUGUGUUUAUACCUGCAGUUAAUUCCUAUGCUGACUUCGGCAUCAUAAUGUGGCAGGCUGCAGAUUACGUAAUUUAAUGGAUGUGGUGCUAGGGCAAAGUUCUAACCUGUCUUCAGAAGAUAUCCAAAACGAUGGUUGCAGCUCUUUGAUUGCAUUGUGGUUUCACCACUAAGUCAUCACUCAUCAGUAUUUAGUUCAGCAUUUCAUCUGCAAGAGAGAAAAAAAACAACACAUCUGAAUGAGCUGAGGAGAGUGAAAAUCGGCCACAUUUUUUCAGCUGACAUCAUUCUUCUGGUUUUAAAAUCAACGUGCAUUCAUUCCCAUUCCAAGAAGGAAAUUCUUGAAUUUGUGGACUCACAUCAUGAGUGGAAAAAAAAAGAAAAUUGUGUGUUAGGCUUCCUCGUGUGAGAAUUUGUAUGAUUAGCCUGGCAUCCUUAUUUGUGAUCAGUCAAGAACAGUGAUAAGUGAAAAUUUCUGGACAAAAGCUAAAAGUGAUUAUUUCACAAAGGGAAUGUUUUCAGUAUUUGUGAAAACUGUGAGCAAAGAGACUUCUACCAUAUUCAGUUUAUUCAAUCAGAGGAGCUCUUCUGCAGUGUGAAAAAUAUCAGUGUGUUUUCAUGCAUACAAUGUACAUAGUGCAUUUAUACCGUGUAUUGUGCAGUUCUUUUGAAUAUCUCAGUUCCCUCUUAUUCUGUCACAAGUGUUUAUAGCAAUCCAGUUUGUGUAGACGUGAUCGAGUGUUUCAUGACAAGAUCAGAGGAGAAAAGGAGCGGAAAAAAAAACACAGGGGGGAAAAAGCUGAAGAUAGAACAGACUUGGCUUCCCUUUAUUUGAGGUUUUGUGCUGUGGUGUCAAAUUUUCAUUGCACCAAUAGGAAACCCUUGCUUCCAAUCGUUCAAGACCGGAUCUUUUUCCACUGUGAAGCAAAUCUGUAUGCACCAUUCCCACUUUCAGAAGAUGAAUAUCAUAUUUGUUUUAGUAUAUCCUGCAUUGUUAGACAUAUAAUGCAUGAAUAGUGUCUUCAUUGUGGUUUAGGGAACGUUGGCACUUGACAACGAUGAUAACAGGAUGCUGUGUUGUAGUAUCGUCAUAUGCCAGCAUUGGUACCAGGACUAGCAUGCUUUUGCGUGGCCCUUUCAUGCCAUUGGUUUGGGUGUGUUUGUUGGUGCUUUUGUGUUUGCUUUAAUAACUGAGGAAAAUUUUCUUCUUUAAGAAGACAGGAUUUUGUGAACAACUGAGCUUUUGGGGCACCAUCACAAAAUGCAACCUUUUCCUUGUUUAGAGUCAGCACUUCAUCAGCUGCCCUAUGUGUUUUCUUCAGCCCCCAAAUGACCGGAUGUUAGUCAUUUGUGUGUGUACUGUUAUGUUUUAUAAUCUUUCUUUUUUUAGACUGGAGCAAAUAAACUAAGUGUAUGCUUA